UCAUGAAAAACUAAUUCAAAGGGCUACCUUUUUAUUAACAUCAGGAAAUAAUGUGGAUGGAUGGCUGAAAAUGGAUCCCUAUCAUAGCUAGCUAUGUUAAUUUACCAGAAGACCCAUCAUAUGCUAUGCUCCAAUUUGUUUCUAAAAAAUAGUGUUUGUUAUCCUAUGUACUUAUAGGUCAGGGUAAAUUUGAAGCUCCAAAAUGAGUAGCUCAACCUUUUGUUCCAUGCCUUUCACUGUGAAUGGCAACCUAAAGCUGGCCCAAUGGAGAAAUGUUAUAUAUUCUUCAAAUAAACUGGCUGCAUACCAGCCCCUCAAAUUAGCCGCUGCACGCGAACUGCUCGAUGAAAUUGCUAAAAGAACAAGGAGUUCAGUUGCAGAUUUACAUAUCACUGAAUGUGCAGAUGGUGGGAAUUUUGGAAAUUCCAAUGCAAUUGAUGACCUAUUUGGAGAGUCUGUGAUGGAUUGUGUGUGCAAUCAUAUGGAUGAGCAAUAUAUAAUUGAUCAGUUGAGGUACUGUAGCAGUGAAGGAAUUCUUGAGCUUGGAGAAUUAUACCAUGCUUUAACAAUUAAGACCGGGAUUUGGUUCAACAAGUUUGUAGCUACAGCCCUUGUUAAUAUGUAUGCCAAAUGUGGUCAAAUAGACAAUGGUAAGAUGAUAUUUGAUAGGAUGUCUUGUAUUGAUGUUGCUUCGUGUAAUAGCAUGAUUUGCGGGUAUGUAAGCAAUGGAAUGAUAUCUGAAGCCUUUGCUUUCUUCAUCGAGAUGGGCAAUCUGGAUAUUGUGCCAAACCACUAUACCUACUCGAUAUUGUUAUCUGCUUGUGGGGCUUCUACAGCUGUGAAAGAAGGAAAACAGGUGCAUGCUCAAAUUGUAAAAUUAAAAUUUAUGUCACUUACAGCGGUGGCGAAUUCAGCUUUGACAAUGUACACCAAGUUUGGAAUGAUUGAGGAGGCCGAGAAUGUGUUCCAAGGACUUGCCAAUAGGAACCUUAUAUCUUGGACUGCAUUUAUAUCUGGACUUUACCAUCAAAAGGCCUUCAAUAAAGCAUUGACACAAUUCUGUUUGAUGAGAAAGAACAAUACUGAACCUAAUGAAUACGCCUUUUCUGUGGCCCUGUCAUGCGCAGCCUCUAUAGAAUCUCAUGAUUAUGGUUGUGCACUUCAUGCUCAGGUAAUUAAACAUGGAAUGAUCUCAAUGGUAUUCGUUGGGACAGCCAUCAUAGAUAUGUACUCAAAAUGUGCAGAACUGAGUGGUGCUAGAAAACAGCUCGAGGAGAUGGGACGUAUAGCAUCUUGUGCAUCAUGGAAUGCAGUGAUAACUGGCCUUGUUCGGAAUGAUGAAUUUGCUGCCACGUUGGAGGUCUUCCAUAAGAUGCUAAAUAAUGAUAUAGCUUGCGAUGAAUAUACAUUUUCAGCUACUUUGAAGGCCUGCUCGUUACUACCAUCUCUUGCGAUCUGCAGGCAAGUGCAUUCUCGGGUAGUUAAGGGGAAGUUUGGGACGAACCUGCAUGUGGCAAGCUCAUUAAUAGAAACAUAUGCACAAUGUGGCAAUUUAGAAGACGCUGCCAAGGCUUUCUGUCUAACAUCUACACCAGAUGUUGUGACAUUUAACGCAAUGAUUGGAGCUUAUUCACAGUAUGGUUAUCCAACAAAGGCUAUAUUCUUGUUUGAAAAGAUGGUGGAGAAAGGUAUAUUACCGACUAGUUUCACUUUCCUUGCUGUUAUUUCUGCUUGUGGCCAUUGUGGUUUAGUUCAACAAGGGAGAGAGUUCUUUGAGUCGAUGACAAGAGAUUACGGAAUUCUACCUGAAGAGAAACACUAUAGCUGCAUGGUUGACCUGCUGAGUAGAUCAGGGCAGUUAGAGAAUGCUCUCGAAUUCAUAAACAAGUUGCCAAAUGAACCCAGUGCUCCAAUCUGGAGACCUUUUCUUGCAGGUUGCAGAUUUCACGGUAUCCUUGAAAUGGCAGAGUUGGCGGCCAGUAAAAUAUUAGAGCAUGAGCCGGGUGAUGCAUCAGUUUAUGUCACUCUCGCGAACAUGUAUGUUGAAGCAGGCAAGGUAAGUGAUGCACUCAAACAGAGAGAGCUGAUGAAGUCUAGGUCAGUCCAGAAGGAACCAGGUUGUAGCUGGUUGGAGGUGAAUGCAAAGGUUCAUAGAUUCUUUUCUGGUGAUAGAAGACAUAUAGAUACACCAAAAGUAUAUUGCAAAUUGGAAAAUCUGAUGCAAAAGAUUCAGACUGACUGUAACAAUUUAGGACAAGUUACAGAAGAGAAGUGCUUAUUUCACAGUGAAAGGUUAGCAGUUUGCUUUGGCCUAUUGAACUUACCUAAGGGAACUGCUAUACGUGUAUUCAAGAACAUUAGGAUCUGCUUGGACUGUCAUACGACAAUGAAGCAUAUAUCAAAGAUCACAAAUCGAGAUAUCAUAAUAAGAGAUAAUUACAGAUUUCAUCAUUUUAAGCAAGGCUGUUGUUCUUGUGGGGAUUUCUGGUGACGUUUCAUCGGAGUAAAUCCUUUUUUCAUUGAACUCGGGGGGUACUUUGAUCAAAGUUUAACAAAAGCUGAAUUGGUUGAUUGGAUAUAACCAUUCUGAACAUUGAAAAGAGUUGGGGUCGAUAAGACGCAAUGGCUAAGAUGAAGAAUUUCUCUUCCAAUUGUUUUUCCGCCGGAGUUUCCACGUCGGUGAAGUUGACCACCAGUUCCCGUCGGCCACUUACCUUCUCCUCCAAUCUCUUUCUCCGGCGAAAUCCACAUGUAAGUUCCGCCGCCCUCUCUCUCUAUCUCUCUCUUGAUUUAUACAUAACAGCUAACUAUUUUAUUCUAUUAUUUAUUGUGGUAAAAUACGAAUUGAAAAUUUAGUUGAGCAUUCCAUUGUAUAAAAAAAACAUUGAAAUCUGAUUUUUAUUGUUUCUUUGUGAUUUUUACUAGUUAUUAUGCUGGCUUACUUAUUUCGCCUGUGAGUAGUGGCUAUUAAGUUCUGAUAAUGUUCCAUAAGUAAUCAAUUAAAUUAAAAUAUAAAUUAUUUUUCAUUCACAUUAAUUGUGAAUUAAAUAUAUUGUAAUAAUCAUCUCAUUUAUAAUGUUAACAGCUUUAAGGAUAUUUUUGUCUUUCAACA